AUGCUGUUUUGUGGUGAGCGCAAAGGUGAGUCAGACCUACUCAGCGUCCUGAUAUUUAUGGUGGGCGUUAACCUGAGAUUUGUCGAAGCAAGUUAUCGAGGUGUGGUGAUGUUUUUCGGUUCACGCGGCCAACUGGGUCCUAGUAAUUAG